CCAACGUUGAUCACCAAGUGGUGCUUCAUUUGUAACUGUUGUACAAACUGAUUGUGCAGUAAUAUCGAAACAACCCAGAUUGCCGCUACCUUGCUGUGCACAAUUGCCUGGUUGUUGACCACUGACAUAGCAUAACAGGACGACCAUUGUUGCAGCUACCAUUUGUAAACUGUUUGUUGUGCUUGCCAUGUUAAAUCGAAUCUUGUUGCCUUGCUAUAGAUGAUCGGAUAGCAACUUGCUUACUGUGUUUUUCGGAUUGAGUUUGUUUGAGUGAACGUUUGUUGUGAAGAGCAUAAGCCAAUUCUUGUCUACUGUAACUAUUUUCCUUUUAAGACGAAAAAACUCAAUCUUAUUCACAUUCCAUAUGAGAAAAUCGUUGGUGUAACAUCAGAUGAUUUAAGUAAAACAAUUGUGAAUCCAUUAUCAAAUGAAUUAAAAUAUCGAAAUGAUCGAAUAGAAAUAUUACAGAAAGAAAAUGAUCAAUUAAGACAAAUUCAAAAUGAUUUAACAAAAAAAAUGUCUGGAAAUACAAAACAUGGUACAAUUUCAUCAUUUUUAAGCGAAGAUGGUGUUUCAGAUAAAAAUGUUAUAUUAGCUCAAAAAGUGGAUGAUUUACGUCAAAAAUUGGCAGAUGAAUGUCAGAAAAGUGAAAUAUGUAAAAUGGAGGUAAUAUUUGAUAUCCUUUGUAAAUUUGUAUGAAUUUAUUUUGUUAAUUUUUUUGUAGUUACGUUUAAAAACGAACGAGUUAAAAGAAUGUAAUCAAGAUUUUCUUAUCAGAUAACAAAAAUAUGAUGAACAUAUUAAUGAUUUAUCGUCAAAAUUGAAAUUAAUUACAGAUAGAUAUCAAGAGAUGACAUCAACAUUAAAUCAAGAUUCUAAAUUAAAAAAACAGAAUAUAGAACAACU